AUGAACCCCCUGAGCGAAACCACUUACCCCUUUCCCGCCGAGGCUUCUGCCGACAACCUUGUGGCUAGUGCUAGUGUCCCGCCCGAUUGGUCCCUGAAAUUCCUGCGCAUUCCGCUAAUUGGCGUCUACCUUAACAUAUUGAGCCAAGCUUCCGGGUAUGCAACAUUGCUCGAGGAUAACGCCGAUCUUGUUGCAAAGGACCUACUUGAUGGGCAUGACAGCAAAUGGAUUCACCAGAAAGUUGGUACCAAGCAAAGACAGCACUGA